AUGGAGGAGUAUCAAGAGCAGACGAGUUUCACGUUUGAGAUAGAUAACUUCUCCGACAAGGAAGCUUCUGUUAAAUCACCAAAAUUCUCAAGUGGCAGCUGUGAAUGGUUUGUUAAGGUUUAUCCCAAAGGAUAUAUUGUUGAUGAUCACUUGUCUCUUUACCUUUAUGUUCCGAAUCCUGAAUCUCUGAGACUUGGAUGGAAAAGACGAGCUUGUUAUUCCUUCGUUCUGUUGAAUCAAUCAGGCAAAGAGCUCUUCAGAAAAAAUGAAUCCUCGUGCCAAUUGUUCUGUGCUCAGUUCACAUCAUGGGGUAAGGCAAAGACAUUGCCUCUUAAAGAGCUUCAAGAAAAAGGUUUUCUGGAAAAGAACAAACUGAGAGUUAAAGUGGAAGUAAAAGUAGUUGAAGUUGUUGAUCAAGGAGAUGCCACUGGGAACGAGACGUUAGAUGUCAAGGGUUUCCAAGUUCUUUAUUCUCAGGCUGUAUCAGUGAGUAGGCUUUUCCUGAGGCACCCGGACAUUGCAGUAAAUGUUAGACAAAAGAACCAACGGGUGAAGACAACUUACAUGAAUAUCCUCCUUGAUCUCAUCGAUACACUGGACAAGCCUCCUCAUAGCAUCACCGAGACUGAGCUAAGUAACGUUCAGAGCGACUUGAUCGAGCUAACAGAUGUAGCGGGAUUCAAACUAGACUGGUUAAAGACAAAGCUUGCUGAGGUUACCUUGGAGAGGAAAAAAGCAAAUGCUGAUGGUUCUCUAGUCCGAAAACUCGAGGAGGAUAACAAGAAUCUCAAAGCUGAACUGGACGACGAGAAAGUCAAAUCUGCUACUUAUGCUGCUAAAGUUCUGUCAUUGGAGCAUACAGUGUCCGAACUUAAAGAUGAGCUCAAGAAGCUGAAGAGCAAUUAUGAUACUUGUGCUGCUAAAGUGUUGUGGUUAGAGCAUACAGUGUCGAAUCUUAAAGCUAAGUCGAACAAAAACCGAAACUAA